AGUAAUUUGGAAAGAGCACAGGGUGCAAAUCAGGAAUUUAACAACGUCAGCUAGAAAGAGCCAAGGCCUAAAAGAAGCUCGUCCUCAUUAUACACAUUAAAAAAGAGUCUAGGUUUUUCUUCAUUGCUUUCUGUGGCUCAGCGUUUCUUACAGCUACAGAUAUAAGUUGGUUGUGGUUUUAGUUGCACAUCAUAUUAUUUUAUUGGUUAUGCUCUCUUGAGCUGCCAAAAUGGGGAAAGAAAUGGCAAAGAGGAAGAAUCCGAUGGUUUUUAUGGACGUGUCUAUUGAUGGUGACCCUUUUGAAAGAAUGGUUUUUGAGCUUUUCCCUGAAUUUGCUCCCAAGAUUGUGGAAAAUUUCCGUGCACUUUGUACAGGGGAGAAGGGAAUUGGUCCUAAAACUGGAAGACCGUUGCACUACAAAGGGUCCUUUUUCCAUUGCAUCAUUAAAGGUUCCAUGGCUCAGGGUGGCGAUUUUGUUAAACGAGACGGGACUGGUGGAGAGAGCAUAUAUGGGGGAAAGUUUCCUGAUGAAUCUCCAAGGCUUAAGCAUGACAGUCCUGGUCUUCUGACAAUGGCGGUUGCUGAUCGGGACACUUUAGGUUCUCAAUUUAUUAUUACAUUUAAGGCUAAUCAUCAUCUUGACAGGAAGUAUGUGGCCUUCGGAAAGCUUGUGCAAGGAGAUGAAGUACUGAAGAAAAUUGAAAGUGCAGGUGAUGAAGAAGGGAGACCAAUGGUAACAGUGAAAAUAAUCAAUUGUGGUGAAUUUAAGGAUGGUACAGACAAAAAGAGAGUACAUAAACUGAAAGUGGGAAAGGAUGCUGUGUCUGAUUCCAACAGUCAUGAAGCUCAUAAGAAGGGAAAGCAUAAGAAGUCUUCAAGAGAGAGAAAGAAGAAGAGAAGAAGAUACUACUCAUCUGAGUCAGAGAGCUCAUCUGAUACUGAAAUAGAAUCGUCAUCGGAAGCUGAUAGUGAUUCUGACUCAUCCAUGUCCUCAUCUGAUAUUAGUUCGUCAAGUGAUGACAAGCGUAAGAAGCGAAAGAGAUCUUCUAAGAGAGAUAAGUAUAAACGUGGAAAGAGAAGAGAUAAACGACGUGAUAAAAGGCGAAAAAGACGUGAUAAGAGAUCUAAACGUAGAUCAAGAAGGGGGUCAGAUAGUCCUACUGAUGCUGAGAGCGAAACUGAAAGCAGCUCUGAUGAUGAUGAUCUUUAUGCCCGUGUUAAAGAUCGGAGGCUUAAAGACCCUUCCCUGAAAACUGCUAAGGAUCAGUCCCCUAUAGUUUUGGAGGAAGAAGCUGCUUCCCUUCCCCAUAAAGUAAGGGAAGAACCCAAUAUACCCGAAAAGGAAGGGGGUGAAUCACCAAAGGAAAAUGGAGGGCGGCGUAGCAAUGGCAUUCAGGCAGAUGCUACAUCUGACAGAAGUGAAGAUAGACAACCUGAUGUAGUAGAUGAUCACCCAGGCAAAUCUAGGAGCCGAAGCAUGAGUCCCAAGAGGACCAUGAGUAAGAGUAUGAGUAUUAGUCCCAGGAGGAGUCUGAGCAAGAGCCCAAGUGUUAGUCCGAAGAGAAGCAUUAGCAGGAGUCGCAGUGCUAGCAGGAGUCCUCCACAAGUCUCUGGGAGGAGGAGUUUCAGCAGAAGUCCUGCUAGAAAUGGGAGCAGCAGGAGUCCAGUUAGAAGUGUCAGCCGAAGUCCAAUGAGGGGCAAAAAUGCUAGAGAUAUUAGCCAGAGCCCAGUCAGAUCUCAUUUCCGGAGAAGCACAAGUAGGAGCCCUGUGAGAUCCCGUUCUCGAAGAAGCACAAGCAGGAGUCCUGUAAGAUCUCCACCUCAAAGAAGCAAGAGCAGGAGUCCACCUAGAGCACCACCUCGAAGAUCAGUUAGCAGAAGCCCAGUUAGAUCAGCUCGGAGAGUAUUUAGUAGAAGCCCUGUUAGAUCUUAUCGGAGAAGCACCAGCAGAAGCCCAGUUAGAUCCCGGAGAAGCAUUAGCAGAAGCUCGGGUAGGGUUCCUUCGAGGAGAAGUGUUAGUAGAAGUCCAGUCAGGGCUCCAAGCAGGAACAAUCGCCGUAGCUUUUCAAGGAGCCGUAGCCCUGUCCGAAGGGCAAGAUCUCCUCCAUCUGAUCGUAGAAGUUUGUCAAGAAGUGUUUCCCCUGAUGGGUCUCCAAAACGUAUUAGAAGAGGGCGUGGUUUCAGUGAUAGAUACUCUUAUGCUCGGCGAUACAGAACCCCUUCUCCAGAUCGUUCUCCUGUUAGAUCAUACCGGUAUGGCAGAGGUGACCGUGAUAGAUAUUCAAGUUACAGAAGGUAUUCACCAAGGCGUUACAGAAGCCCACUAAGAGGAAGAACUCCUCCCAGCAGAUAUAGAGGCAGGAGAAGCAGAACUAGAAGUGCAUCUGUAUCACGAAGCCCUCGCUACCGUAACCGGCGUUACAGUCCCAGUCGUAGCCCAGUUCGCAGCCGUUCCCCAGUUGAUGCACCUAGAUCUCGUGCCUCUCCACGAGGUGAGAGGCGAAGGUCUCCUUCUCAAAGCCGGAGCCCAUCUGUAUCAAAGUCUUCAUUAGACUCUCAGUCCCCUAAAAGGCUUAGCAGAGACAGAUCAAAGUCUUCAUCAGCAAGUCCCCCUUUGAAGAGGGGUUUGGUGUCAUAUGAAGAUGGUUCGCCUGACUCUAGUCAAAGGUGAAAGGAAUGUAGUCGAAAUGGUGUUUGCACAAUUUUAGACUUCUGAUAGAUAUUCACAAGCCCAAGUUUUCUUAUGAACUGGGGGGCUUGCGUUUUUUGGCCGACUGGACAUAAAUUGUUGUUUUUACUAGAGGCUCUGUAGCUGCUUCCAAUUUUCAUAGUUAUGUUUUAGGUUAAUUUAUGGUGUGUUAGAAGAAUUUGCUUUUCUAGUAAUAAAAGACUGCACGACUCGAGGAUUAGGACGAUGACUAAAUUUGGUAUUUUUUUGUACUGCAAGUUAUCACAAGUAUUCUCAGCUUGUUAAGA